AUGGCUGAGCUCCGCCGAAAGCUGGUCAUCGUCGGUGACGGUGCCUGUGGUAAAACUUGUUUAUUGAUCGUUUUCUCCAAGGGAACCUUCCCUGAGGUCUAUGUCCCGACCGUCUUCGAGAACUACGUCGCCGAUGUCGAAGUUGAUGGAAAGCAUGUCGAAUUAGCCUUAUGGGAUACGGCUGGUCAGGAAGAUUAUGACCGUCUCCGACCUUUGUCUUACCCUGACUCUCACGUCAUCCUAAUCUGCUUUGCUGUCGACUCGCCUGAUUCUCUCGACAACGUUCAGGAGAAGUGGAUUUCCGAAGUUCUUCACUUCUGCCAGGGCCUCCCUAUUGUCCUGGUCGGCUGCAAGAAGGAUCUGCGUUACGACGCGAAGACAAUUGAGGAGCUCCGGAAGACUAGCCAAAAGCCCGUCUCCCCUGAGGAGGGUGAGGACGUCCGCAAGAAGAUCGGUGCCCACAAGUACCUUGAGUGCUCAGCCAAGACGAACGAGGGUGUCCGAGAAGUUUUCGAGCACGCUACUCGUGCGGCUUUGCUGUCUCGUAAAAGCCAGAAGAAGCACUCCAAAUGCUUAGUCCUCUAA